GCAAGAAACGGCGCCAACCCACCGGUGCGAAGUGGUAUAAGAGUCGCACAGAGUGCAAAAAACAGAGCUACGACGGGUCUAGGGCCAGAGCAGCGGAAUGGAUCCCAGAAUUGUUUGCCCGCAGUAAUUACAUCUCGCAAGUUCGAAAGUCUAGCCCGGCCGUGGUAAAGCUCCAGCAUACGAAACAGAAGAGGGAUCAUCAUGGCUACAACAGAAAUCCAGGAACCACCAUCCGCCGUUGAAUCACCGUUCUGGGCCAUUCUGGCUUUUUUCGGGGGAAACGAAAAAGCCUUUCCCGUGUUUUCGACAACACGGUUCGCUGGAUCAUAUUUUGGAAGCGAUCCAGAAGGUCCAGGUUGGGACGGUUCAACGGCAAUCAGGAUAGGCAUCAAAUCGACAGGAGCCGCUAGGAUCUGGGGUCAUGCGUUCGUCUCAGGUCCGGAUUCUGUUGAAAUUGGCACCGUCCGCACGGCAAGGCGGGAGAAGGCUUUAGGUUCGGAGGCCAUAUUAGAAUCUUGCAGGGCUCCACGCGACCGUUUGGCAAUGAGGCGCUCAUCUUUCGCCGCUCUCAUCCUCUCGUUCCGCGGAUUAGCCCGGGGAGUCGAGUCCGAUCUUCGACAUGUCGUGCGUGGACGAUGUGCUGUCAUCCAGAGAAAAAGAGGCUCGUCCAGCAACCGGUGUCUGGCAUCUCGCAUCGCAUCGCAUCGCAGCUUUCUCUUAUUGUUGCGCGAGGCAAACUCGCUCGAUGGCACUGGCGAUAUACACGCCAUUGGGUACAUUUCGACCUUGCUACCGCGUAAAGCGACCCUGCCGCUUCAAUCCUGUUCUCUUUUGCGCACUCCCCGCAUGACAGACCGAACGAACGAACAUCCAAGGCCCAAUCUUCAGAGUGAUUCCACCUCCAGGGCCAGACCAGCGGGAACGACAGUUGGCCCGACGUGCUUCUGGCGUUUUGCCCACUUGCUGCGCGUCGGAAAAUUGACCUCAGCGGCGUUCUGGAGCCGAUUGAGUUGCGUUCGUCCUGUCACCGCUUCCCGCUGGCCAGAUUGCGAUCUCGAAACAUGGGUCAGGAGCGACCCAUGCCCACUGAUCUCUGGACUUGAAACCGUGGUGCUCGGAUAA